UGAAACUCACCAGAAACUAACCUCAAUACGAAACGAGAUGGUCAGCUUUCGAGCUGGUACAGCAAAAUGCUGGAUGGACACUGCUCUCUGGGAUGGCAACUCUUCGUUGUUAUAGUCUUUCUGGCCAUCGGCAACGCCACUGCUUAUUUCGGAUUAACUGGUAAUGAACCACUCACCAUCUUGCCUCUGACUCAAGAAACAGGACAGACACACGGGAAGGCCCACUUCAAGGUCUGUGACCGUCUGAAGCUGGAGCGGAAACAACGGCGAAUGUGCCGUCGGGACCCUGGAGUGGCAGAAACCCUCAUGGAAGCAAUCAGUAUGAGUGCCCUUGAGUGUCAGUACCAGUUCAGGUUUGAGAGGUGGAACUGCACCCUGGAGGGACGGUACAGGACAAGCCUUCUGAGGAGAGGUUUUAAAGAAACCGCCUUCCUAUAUGCCAUCUCUUCUGCUGGAUUGACCCAUGCCCUUGCCAAGGCUUGCAGCGCUGGACGAAUGGAGCGAUGUACCUGUGAUGAAGCUCCUGACUUGGAAAACCGGGAAGCUUGGCAGUGGGGAGGCUGUGGAGACAAUCUCAAGUACAGCAACAAGUUUGUCAAAGAGUUUAUGGGGCAAAAGAAAUCCAACAAAGAUUUGCGAGCGCGCGUAGAUCUGCACAACACCAAUGUUGGUGUAAAGGUUAUCAAAUCUGGUGUGGAGACGACCUGCAAAUGCCACGGUGUUUCUGGUUCCUGUACUGUUCAGACGUGCUGGAGGCAGCUGUCCCCUUUCCACGAGAUUGGCAAAUUGCUCAAGUUGAAAUAUGAAACCUCACUCAAGGUAGGCAGCACAACCAAUGAAGCAACGGGGGAAGGAGAGAUUACACCACCGAAAAAGGCCAUUGCUGCUACCCAUCACCAACAACAUCAAAUCCCAAGGACUACUGAUUUGGUCUACAUUGAUGACUCACCAAGCUUCUGCCGGCCCAGCAAGUAUUCACCUGGCACUGCAACACGCAAGUGCUAUAAGGACAAGAACUGCGAGAGCAUCUGCUGUGGCCGGGGGCACAAUACUCAGAGCCGAGUAGUGACGCGACCCUGUCAGUGCCAAGUACGCUGGUGCUGUUAUGUGGAGUGUAAGCAAUGUACUCAAAGAGAAGAGAUUUACACGUGCAAAGACUAAUGCUCCCACGUUCCAAUGGGAAGGGCCCUGGGGAGUCACGGUGAGGACCAUGGACAUUUGCCUGAGGAAAUACUGCAAUAAAUCCCAAUAAGUCCUCAAAUAUGCAUAGACAGAAUUCCAUUUUUAAUCUACAGAAAUUGUAUAAACUGUAUCACACAUCUCUUGGAUUCAAAGAGCUAAUGUCAGAAGUCAAACAGUGCAGAGAAGAUAAAUAUUAGUCUGGGUUUAGCACCUGGUUUGACAGAAACCAAUUCACUCCAACAUCCUGGAUAUGAUUAACUGCCUUCAGCAACAACUGAACAUAUCAAAUGAAACCUUCAGUAACUAUCUCACUCACAAGCCAAUAAAGAAUUUGGGAAAUGCAGUUCCAAUGACUGACAACUGGGGCUGUUCAGUUUAAGGUCCAUGUGUAUCACUCAACCCUCAAUUAGGUAAUUAUUGAUAAUACUUAGGAACAUUCUAAAUACUGAACAGGCUAGGUAAAGAUGGAAGAUCCAGCAUCUUUCCUUUGGACUGAAGUACAGAAGAGCAAAGAAGCAAUUUAAAAGGUCAACACGUAGCUCGUAGACAAACCCAGUGAGAAUAAAUUAUUACUGAAAAGGUAGACACAACCACCAAACAUUUAACAUAUUUAGUGGGAAUUCGGGCCGUAUUCAAGGCAUCAUUGAGAACGUUUAUUUUAUAAAAUUUGCUCCUUGCAUUUGACCAUUCUACUACAUUAGGGAGCAAAUGCACUCCUUGACGUAAUGACAAACUACAGACCAGAGAACACUUACAUUUGAUUUUCUACCUAUAUUGAAUUAACUAAUUUCUGUUGGGAUGGAGAUAAUGCUAAUGCAACAGACCUAAGUGCCCUACUCUUAAGGAAAGGGAAGUACUAAUUUCUGAUUACUGUCCAGUAACCUUUGCUAGAAAUGAAUUUGAGGUUAAGUUUGGGUUUGGCUGGGACAACUUUCAUAAAUGUGCAGAAUGCUGAAGUUCAUCACUUAAUUCGGUGAGGAAUGGCUACUGGUAUAAACCACCCUCAACUGAUGCUGCUGCAAGAACCAGUGACCCAAAGACAUGAGGAGGGAAAUGUGCUGAUAACAGAAACAAAAAUGAGUUGGAGAUAGUUGUCCUUUGAGUAGGGUACGUUCCCAGUGCUGAACUAUAUAAUCUUAGCUGGGCAAAGUGAGAGCAAUGUUCCAGGGUUCGAGACAGGACAGUCAGCCUUACCCCCAAUUCCUAAUUAUUUCAGUCUGAUACCUGUUGUUAGUGCCUGAGUGUGAAAGUAAGUUGGGUUUAAGCAAAGAUGCCACUAACACUGGUCAAGCUUCACAACCUUUACUUUCUCAGCUCACAGGGAAUAACAAUAAGGUGAUGAUGGUUGGACUGUUCCUGUGGUAGUGCUUCAGUGACAAAUCCAGUUCUUCCAGCAAGAGAGAUGUGGGGCUUGGGUUAGGGGGCUGUGCGGUGAUUACAAAGAAAAUGCACGAGACUUUUCAUGGUUUUAUUUAGGAUCCUGGCAAGUUCUUGGCAAAGCUUUCUCUAACCUUAACAUGCCUUUUCUGAAGGUCACUUGGUUUUCAUGUUUGUUCUGCAGGGUUCAGGUUGGGUUGUUAAAAGAAAAUAGGUCUCCAUAGUGCAAUUAGAACAAGGAGCCAGACAAAGCAGCUUUUGUACAUAUAAGGGGCUUAGUGAAGAGUGCUAAUAUGUUCAAGUCUGUUCAUUCCUGAGAAGUACGUUUGAAUUCAGCUGAGGUAUCAGGCAGAUGAAAGCCUCCUCACUUCAGUGGCUGUUAAUUGUCAGGCUCCCAGAAGAUGCAGACCCACUGUGUAGUAGUAUCCAUGCCAAUAGACAUUAAUGAUCUGUUUAUAUUGGGUCUGGGACCAUCCCAGUUUAACAUUAAUUGGCGCAAAAGAGCUCAUACAAACUGGCCAUAAAUUGUGAGCUCUGGACAGUUACAUGGCCCUCGAGUCUGGCUAUGAGUUCCCACGCUUCAAUGACGUAAUGAUCUCAUUACGUUGUCUUAUUCAUAAUAAACAAGGCCUGCAAGUUAAAUGUUCGCCAGUAGCCUGUGAGUUUCUGUUGAAUGGGCAGUUUGAGGUACUAGGAAAGCAGGAUUUGCACAUGUAAAAGAUUUGAGAUACAAAACAAACUAACAAUGUGACUCUUUCUCCUCAACUGGUUGAUAAUGACUGCCAGUAUAAAGACCAAUAAACCACUGACUAUACCAAUAUAGCUUUCAGUGGAAGCCAAGUUGAAAAUGGACAUUGCAGCUGAAGGUUCAGAAUGCUGUAGUUUCUAACUGUCAAAAAAGUCAGGGCUUUAUCUAUUGUUCUUGCGCUACGACUGUUGUAGUUCAACUACACAUGACAGAAAAAGAAAACUAGCUGAUAACAUUAAGAACUUUUUAAAAAUUAUGCACAAACUUGACUGUCGAACGCUGUUUGGUUCAGCAAGGAUGAGAUAUUAUUCCUCUGAUUGUGGUUGUUCAGACUGAAGACUAGCAGACUUUAAUGUAGACAUGGUGGAACAUGUUGAUGGAAAAGCUGGUCUCUGAUACUAAUCUACCGUGCUUAAGUGGAUUUAACUGUCGGGAGAUCUAAACAACUGGCAAUAAUUGCAUAUUCCGCACUCUAUUAUAACAAUUUGACGUAUCACCGUGCAUGUUCACAAACAGCUAUUUAACCCUGACAUCCCCUAAUCUCUACAAGAUGGAUUCAGAUAUUAGUAGCUCAGCUGGGAAGCCUUCGGAGCUGAAGUGAGCAGACUGCAAAAACAGGAAUACCUAAAGGAUCAGCAGGAAGACACAACUCCAUUAUGUCUCACCUUCUGAAAGUUUUCCAUGCAUGGAACAUGGCUUGUAAAUAGUAUUCAUUGAAAAUGCCGACAGCACGUAAUGGUUAAAUAUCAGCAUUGCAUCAGCUUUUAAGACAAUUACCUGAAACAGUUUGAGGGGCGGGGGGCAUUGAAUUCAUUGGAUCUUAUGGGAAUGCCAAUAUAAUAUGGAGUGAUUAAUAAUGGUUAGAUCUAAUUCUAAUGAAAAAUGACUGCCUUAUUCAGAAAUCAGUAAAUACUGGACUUCUAAGAAAUUGAAGCUGUCAUGGAUGUUUGACUGAUCCAUUCAGCCUAAAAGCCUGUUAGACACUGCCAAUGCCCCAUGCAUCAGAUUAGUAUCAAUAAUUCAGACCCAAUAUCCCCCAAAAUGUCAAGAAUCAUCAGAGUUUUUCACAAUACUCAGCUUUCAACAAUACCGUCUGUUCUUGAACUGAGAUAAUUCUAGCACCUUGAGUUCAAAGAUAUACUCAAGAUGGUUUCUUGCAUCCAACAGAUUUUGUUUUCUCAACACAGAAACGACUUGGGCCAAAUUAAUUCAGCAAGAAAAUGCUGAACAAUAUGAGAAUGAGUACUCCCAGAACCAGUUAAAAGAGCUACGUUCAUCAAGAGUGGAAAUGGGGAUAGAGGGUUCAGUGCAUGCAAAUGUGGUGAAAAGCCUCAUAUUAAUUUUAUAGAAUUAUCAAAAAUGUUGAUAGGUUUUUGAAAAUUACAUAUUAAUGUGCUACGUGCUCAACUUAUAACAUACCUUGUGUAUGAUGAUGUGCCGCGAGAACUAAAAAUGUCUUCAAUGCCCAAGUUGUAUACUUCUGAAAAUGGAACAAAGCCUUACAAGGCCUAGUUUCAUACGCAGAGUAAGCUGAUCUCAGAAAAGAAACAAUUUGAGAUGCAAUGAUUGGGCUUAGGACCUCUUAGCUAGAAGACAGAGCAGAAAAAUCAGAAAAUGUUCCUGCCCCAGAUUGCUAUCCAAUGACUCCAACAGUCAGGCACUUGUGUGUGGUGUGUGUGGAUGUUGAUUCAAGGACAAAUUUGUUCUCAGUUACAAUUUCUCCUGGGCUCAAUCUUCCUCUACCAUGAGAUGGUGCUGAACUCACCAGUCAGUGCCUUUGAAACAGAGGAGGAAAGUAAUUUGGAGCUGAGGAAGAAAUAUAUAUUUUUCAAAAAGUUGUGCCUUCAUGCUUUAGAACAUGUGUUCAUACCAUGAGGUGGACGAAGUAUCCUGUUCUUAAAUGAGGCACACUAAAUAUGACACAAACCCUUACUAUUGCAGGGUGUGUUAUAAAUGACUAGCACACUACAAAUUAUAUUGACCCUGGUAGCAGUAUCUGAAGGGCUUUAGUUUAACUUUCUACCACAGUACACCACUGGCUGAUAAAAGUGUGCCCAUUGCUGUAAACUAUACUACAACGGUCACAGAACCGGUCAGUUCUAAUCAUAAAUAUAUAUUUUAUAUAUAAUAAAAUAUGUAAAUGUUAGAGGGAGGGAAGGGGUGCAAUGGCUUUUUGUGUGUGUGUGUGUGUGUGUGUGUGUGUGUGUGUGUGUGUGUGUGUGUGUGUGUGUGUGUGUGUGUGUGUGUGUGUCUCUACAAUUGAAUCAAAAAUCACUUGAGGUGAAGGUUGUCUCUGGUCACUGUAUUAAGCGACAUUCUAAAACCCAACUGUAAAUUUAGAGACAUCCACCAUUUCUAAACAAGUUGACAUCUCUGAUACACAGUGGAUCAAGAAACCUUUCUCCAACUCAACUGAACAAAUAACUAUUGACAAAAAGAAUGUUAAAAAGGAGCUUGAGAAAAAGGACUUCUUUCUUUAAAAAAAUCCAAUUAAACAAUGGUAAAGGAUUUUUCCAACACUUUCAUAAUUAGGAUACUGCAUAGAAAUAACAUCGAUUUCAGGCAUAGAUUUUGUCACUUCUGAAGAAUGCCCAAAGUACUGAACAGAAGCGUUUGUUCAAUAUGAAUACAGUUACUUGGAUAAAUUAUGUACUGGGAAGAUGAUAGGUAGGUGGGUGUGGUUUAUAUGCACUGAAAGUAAUGCAGACAAUUGCUUUUCAGUUCUCAUACACUAAUAACCAUUGGGGAAUAUCCUGGGGACAGGGUUUGUGGAAAAUUACUGUUUUCACGAAUUAAUGAAUGGAAAAUUAGAUUAAUUUUUCAGACAGCAUCUAUGUAGGUCUGAAGACUGCAGUUCUCUUUUAUUCAUGACAAAAGGUGUGGAGAGCCUAAAUUCCAUUUUUAUGUAUACUAUCAGUGCACACAGAUGGGGUCACAGAAAGUCUCAUAGUUCAGCCUGACUCUUUGUGCUAAUAGUUGGCCUAUAAUAAAUCAGGGUAAUACAGAGUUCAUAACUUUCCUGGUAGAAUGUAUCAAGAAGCUCAACGCCAACAUGUGGACAUGUUUCAAAUUACUGGCAUGGUAGCACAUACCUGAUUGGAAACAUUUACAUAUUUAGAGAAGGAACGUGGUCCACAACUAAGAGUUUGAAAUUGUUUCUAAGCCCCCACGGAACAUAUCCUUGGAAUAAUUCAUUCCUUAGAAUUAUUUAUUGGAAUGUGUGAAAAUCCACUGUAUGUGCAAAAGAGGAUCUGAUUGUGAGUUAGGAGCAGGAGUAGAAAGCCUGUUCCACCAUUCAGUAAGAUCGUUGCUCAUCUGAUUGCUCCACAUCCCCUUCCUGCCUACCCCAAAUAACCAGUCUGCUUUCUCCUGCCUUUCGAAGAAGAGAGUUCAAAAGCUUCUCAACCUUCUGUGGGGAGAGAAGAAUUCUUAUCAUCUCUGCCUGGAAUUGGAAACCCUUCUUCUCAACCAGUGAGCCCUUGUUCUAGAAUCUCCACAAGAGGAGACAUCUUUUCCACAUCUGUCCUGUCAAGACCCCCUGGGAUCUAAUAAAUGUCAAGCAAGGCACCUCAGUUCGUUCUCAUUUAGAUACUCAAUUGGCUAGAGAACUUAACAGGAAUAUGUGCAGCCUAGUUUGAUGUUCAUACAAAACACUUUGAGAUUAAAGUGGUCCACACUAGUAUAAUUGGAAUCAGCAAGCAAAUCCUGAAUCCUCCAACUUGGAGUAUUAGAGAAUUUGGGAUAACAGCAGAGGAAUAAUUCCAUUCAAAUUCAGGCGUGAGAAAUCCUAUUUGGCAAUAAACAAAGAAGGGUUCAGAAUUCUAAGAGCACGUAUUUGAGAAAAUUCUGUUUAGUUUCCCCACUGCCAAAGGGGAUAUCUCUGGGCUGCUCAAUGAGGAGCUUUAAGUGAGUUGAGUUAUUUUAAGAUGAGAUUUAAAGGAAAAGAAUGAUAAGGAGAGGCAGAGAAAUUUCAGGAGAGAUUUCCAGAUUUUAGGACUGAAGUGGCCAAAAGCCAGGGCAGCCAAUGAUGGGAUAACGGAAAUGGGAGUCAGAAUUAUUUUGAGGGUUACAGGGCUGGAGGAAGAUUUAAAAAAAAUGGUGAUGGACAAACCCAUGGACGAAUUUGAACAUAAGAAUUAGAAUUUUAAAAUCAACAUGUGGGUGAACUGGAAGUCAAUACAGCUGGCAGAACACUGAGGAGAUGGGUGAAUGGGAAUUAGAAACAGAAUUUUGGAUGAGAUUAUAUUUAUGGAUAGUGGAUGUGGGAGGCUAAUCAGGAGAACGUUUAAAUACUCAAGAGGUAACAAAGGCAAGUAUACAGGACAAUGUAUUUACUUAUGAAAUCAAAAAAUGUCUUAUUUAUAUCUUAGGUUAAUUUUUAAUAAAUGACAGGCAGCAGUGUUUUUGGAAGACAUAAUGCAAAAUCAAUAAUAUUAAAAGUACAACAAUAACAUUUUACACAAGACUGUUUUUAUCAAAUUUGCAUUACAGUUAAGCAUUAUGAGAUCUUUGGCUUUAUUUUCAAACAUCCUGAGGCCUUGCUGCUGCUGGCGUAGUGAUUCCUCCUUACACACAUUCCAACACUCAGGUCAUAUCCUUGUCCCUACCUCCCAUUCACUCCCCUUCGUUACUUCCCAGACUGCCAAAAAUGAUCUCCUCCUCCUCUGGUUGCUCUCCAGCCAUAUUCUAAAUUAUUGUCCCUAAUUAUUCUCCCCAUUAUUCUCCAUAAUGGUCGAUUUAUGCUUUGUUUUCUACUUCCUCAUGUUAAGUGUGUUCAGAUGCCUUCUGUAUGCAGGGUGCAAGUUGAGGGCUGCUAUAUUCAGAGUUCUGCCACUCACCUCCAGAGGAAACAAGAUAGAUUAACCCCUUCAUUAUAAGAGCACAGAGAGCAAUUUCAUGGGGUAAUCAUUCAAAUAGAGUUGCUUCAUCCCAAAACAGAGAUGGGGGGACGAAAACAGCAAAUGAGUGCCGUUAUUUUUUUUUGUAUUUUGAAUGUGUGUGGUGGUGCAUAUGUGCUCGCGAGGAUGUGUAUAUGCGGACUGAGAGUACAUGUAUAUGGGCGCUGGUGGCCAUGAGGGAGAUUGAGGGGUGCUGUGUGACUUUUAACGCAGAUUCUCGCACUGAACCUGGAUGCUUUCUGUAAUUAUUUAAAUAUAUACUAUUUAAUGUGGAUAUAUUUUGCUCUUGUAAAUUGUAAAUACUGAGUUUUUCCCUGUUCUCCUGUGGUAUUAAUACGUCUCAGUUAGUGCGGCACAUAUACUUUAUAUUGACAUGAAUUAGGAGUGCAAUGGUUGCAGUCUUUCUCUUUCCAAGCCAGUUCGCAACAUCUCAUUAAUUCCCUGACCCACCUCUUCCUGAAUUUCCACCACCUCAAGCACUUUAACCCUGAGAUGAGUGACUAGUAGCUGAGAAUCCCUCAAGGCUUUGAUUAGGCCGUGGAGACAAAAUGAGAUAACAAAAAUCUGUGAUAUCUGAAAUUACUGGAAAUACAUAGAAAGGGGUUUCCUAGCAGCUGCGAAGAAAAACUUAAUAGCUAGCGAAUUAUUCUAGUUCUGUAAUGCCCAUUUCUGAAAGACCGACUCUUAAAGCAUGUAUCCAUCCAUUCUGCUGGCCCUGCUGUUUCGGUUUGUAUUUGUUGGUUGACAGAGCAGGAUGUUUCUAGAUAAUUUUGGCCCUAAAAGUUCAGAUCUUUAAAUUUAUGCUGCGGAAGGGUAUGAUGUUUUAAUUUCAUUCUAGUAGAUAAUCAUUGAAUCUCUACAGUGUGGAAGCAAGCCACUCAAUCCAUCAGGUCCACACUGACCCUCUGAAGAGCAUCCCACCCAGACACAAUGGGCAAUUUAGCACAGCCAAUCCACCUAACCUGCAUAAUCUUUGGAUUGUGGGAGGAAACCAGAGCACCCUGACAUAACCCACACAGACACAGAGAGAAUGUGCAAACUCCACACAGGCAGUUUCCCAAGGCUGGAGUCAAACCCAGGUCCCUAGCACUAUGAGGCAGCACAGCUAACGACUGAGCCGCCGUGCCACCCACUAUUCCUGGGUUGAUCCUAUCUCUUGUCAUCCCUAAUUUAUUAUUAAGCAGAUAUCCCUGACCCACAGUGACAUUGAAAUUUUUGCUUCAUGAAGAUGGAGGUAGAUAGAAAAGUGCAGAGGCAGUUGGUCACUUACCUUUUAAUGACUCACAAGUUCUUAGCUUUCUCUUGGAGCAUUAAGUGUAACCAGCUCUGAAGUUGGAGUCAAAUUCCUACCAAUAUGCACUUCUGUCCUUUUACUCUCAAGUGUUAAUCUGUGGUCAGUUAUACCAUUUACAGAAUACAACCUGUGAGACUCUAGAGUUAAAAGCAAUCUAGGCUAUUUGAACCAGAGACCACCUAAGUCCACUUGAGACCUUAUUCUAAUAUUUUACAGUUUGAAGCAAAAAGGAUUGAAAUAUAAAAACAUUGAAUGUAUCACAUAGUUAUGGCCACAUUUACUAGGGAGAAAUAUUAAUAUUGGAUUGAAUCCAAUAAGAACUUUCUGCUAUGCUCCAAUGCAGUUAUUCUGAUGAAACCCCUGGUGUUAUGUGGUGCCCAACAGUUUGAAACAACUUAAAUGGGGCAGUAUUUUCAAUCAGCUUUUGCACUUGCUUCACUCUAAGGAUUGUCAUAUAAGUUGUUAUAGGAAGCGGCGCUGUAAAUGCUUUGCUCUCAUAGGCUGCACUAAUGAAUGCUGAAAAGCUAGUCUGUGUCUACCACAUCACUACUGUUGAUAGUCACAAAACGCGCUGCCCUGAUCCCAAGAAAAAAAAUCAGAAAAAAGGCGCUUGGGAAAUAUUUCAAAUCAGUCCGCAUAUUAAAAUAAAAUUAUGAACGUUACUGGCGAGGCUAGCAUUUGUUGUCCUUCUCUAUUUAUCCCUUAGAAGGUGGUGAUGAGCUGCUUUGAACUGAUGCAUUCUACAUGUAUAGUGGAGGUAUUCCUAACAAAAGGCAAGGUUCAGACCUCUGGGGUUUUCACCCAGUCAACAUUAAGUAAUGGCGAUAUAUAUCCAAGUCAGAAUGAUCUGUAGCUUUGAUUGGAAUUUUGAGAUAUUGGUAUUCCUAUAUAUAUUUUCCUUUUUUCUUUCCAGAUUGCAAGUUUUGGAUUUGAGAAAUGGAGGAGCAUUUGCAAAUCAGUUUUGGUUGUGACAACUUUGAAAAGCAGUCACUUUUUUGUUUCAUAGUGAAAACUGCAAUCAUCUUGCAAAUGGCAGGACUGCAGAAACAGUGCUGAGUUGAAUACCCAAUUGACACUUGCAAACCUUUCCAACCUCUUUAUGGCAAUGCAGUGAGCUAUUUUUAAUGUUGACCUGACAAUGCAGAUUAGAUAUUGACUCAAUGUUUCAUCCAAGUAGCAAUACCUCGAACAAUGCAGCAUUCCCUUUGUACUGCACUGCAAUGUUUAUGAACAUUUCCUAGUCAGACAAGGUGCGGGAAUCUGGAAUAUCAAGAUUUGAUAGCAGGAGCUUUUGCUACAUGUACAUUGCAAAUUUAACUGGAUGGAUAGUGGAAAAAGAAAAGCAAACUUGCGGUCAUUGCACUCCUGAUGCUAACAUACCCAGGUUAUGUGUUUUUUUUCUCACAGAGUCUAAUGGAGCCUAAAUUAUUUGUUUCUACCUCAUGUGCAUAGCUUGUAGGUAAUGUACUGAUUCUUCAGAGUGACUGUGGAGGAUGUAUUUAAGUUAUUUAACACCUUGGUAUAACAAA